UGAGGGCUUGCCUUUGCUUGGUUUGGUGCCCUUCCCCCUCUUUUCCUCAAUGGUUUUCUGAAAUUUAAUGGUUACAUAGGUGAUGCUCCCCAGCGUUGGUGUAUUUGUUCAAGAUCCUUUUUAUCAUUGAUUCUAGUAAAAAUAUGCAGUGUCCAAAAAUGAGCAUUACUGGUGGUUUUGAGGAGUUGGAUGAUCAAAAAAUCUUUCUCUGAAAUUAACUGGAGCCUGUUUAUACACAGACUGUCACUACUGAGAGGCUUUUUAAUGUGUUAGAAAUGCUUUGGCACUUCAGGGAAUAGGUUUGCUGGAAAGUAAUAAGGACCACUUCAGUAAUAUUUACUCAGUGCAGCAUUCUCUGAUUUGAUAAAGGUCGAAUUUCAUUUUUAGUAAUUAGCAUAUCUGUCCUAAUCACCUCCUGCUCUAGCUGUACUGACCUGAAUAAUGCCAGUCUCAGAAGCUCUGGGGAGAGAGGCAGGUGAGAGCAGGGGAGCAGCCCCUGCACCUCGGGGUUCUCACUGUGGCUCUGAUCCUUGCAGGCAGGGGGAGGUGGGUGGGCAGCUGUGUUUACUGCACUGCAAAUAUUUAGGGCUGGAUCCAUCUUUCAGCUGCCUAAUCUACUGGCAUUAGCUGUGCUGUUUGUUCCAUACCUGUGUUAGGUGCUUAGAUUUUCAGCAAUUAUGCUGAAGUAGUUCUGAGAGGAUGACUUAAAAACCUUUCCUUAUGGAUCUCGGUGGAACUUGGUGAUUGAUUUGAGAUGGGCUGCUGAGCUCUUCUCUAACUACAGGCAGAAAAACUCUGUGCAAUUUUAUAUCCCUCUUUUCAAUGAUAGACUAGAUAAGGGGAAACAAGAUUUUCUGUAACAAGUUUGUUUGCAGCUCCCUGGCAACUGUUUGCUUGAUUGCUUCAGAAUGGAACCAACAGAAUAAAAUACCAUAUAAACAUGCUCUGCUUUUGAAUUUCAUGGCAAAUGAAAACUGUUUUUCCACACCAGAGACUUCUUUUGAAGUCUGAACUCAACAGAUUUGUCACUAUGGAAUGAGCCCUGAGGUUUCAUUUCCUUGUGCCCACUUUUUGCACACAAGUGAGGUAUUCCUAUGUAGUCAACUUGAACUUUAACCGAAUUUAUGAGCACGUAAUGAGGUUGAUUUUCCAGUUAUCUUUGUGAAACCUUCAGAAAUGGUUCGCAGACCUCUUGCCCUCCAUUUGGCUCCCUAGAGGCUGCAAAUUCAAGGUUCAAAACCUUAAAUAUGGAGUAUAUCAGCUUCAGAUUUGUAAUCCAUAAAGCAGAGUGAAGACAAAAUACUGUGUAUGUGCUAGAAAGAGCUUAACCAUAAAGCUCAGUAUAUUUCUUCCAAAAUGUCAGAUACUGAAAUUUAAUUGCUGACAUUUUAAAACUGAUAAAAAAAAAACCAGCAAACAAAGCCAAAAAACCCCUCACCAGAGUAAAAUAAUACAUUUGGGCAUCAGAAGUGAUGUUUAGGAAGCCAUUCCCUGUACAGUUUCUGCAACUGCCCUUGUGUAUUAAGAAGGAAUGCUACUGUGGUACACUCACAGUUCAGAGAUUUUUUCUUCUCGUUUUCUUCAUUUUCGUUCCUCAGUUUUUUUGUUUGGGUGGUUGUUUGGGUUUUUUUAAAUCACCUUUUGGAGUAGUAGAUGUUGAUAGCAAGAUAAAUUACAUUAAAACAAUAGUUCAAGAUGGAGUUCUCUGUUUCCUCUAGGUAUGGCACUUCUGGGCUUAGCUUUGGUUCUCUCUGAAUCUGACAUGUUAAGUGUGCUCUUGUUAGUUGAAAAAUAUCUUCAAUAUAAACUGCAAAUUGCAUGUACAAAAUGAAAUAGUUGUCUCUUAUACAUGUUCAUCUACAGCAGCUGUUUUUCAGUUUCAGUUAAGACACAAAAUGGUACCAUGCAGAGUGACUCUUAUCAUUGCUGCUUUUUCCAAAGUUAAAAAUGCACUAAAUUAUUGCCACUGAAGUCAGGAGAGGUCUUUGAAUUCAUAAAGCAUCUAUUGAGUGUAUGAUGUCAUUUUUAUGAAGUCAUUCUUUGAUUAGAAUUGCAGUUUAGAAAAAACUGACUUCUGCUGUAAGGAUAGCAAAAUUGUUGUUAAAUCCUGGUCUUGCGCAGUGAUUUGGAUUAAUUUCCUGUUCUAUGAUGCUGCAGUGAAUGGCUUCUUUAUCCCCAAACUACAGGAAACUGCUCAGUGUUUUGUAUGAGGAUCUGCAAGUGUGUGUGUUCCAGGGAGUUGACAUUUAAGGACACAUCUCCCCUCUGCCCCAGCAGCUGAUGUGCAAUGGAAACAUUGCAAGCUCUGGAAGAGAAGCAGUUCAUGUAAACUGCACUGUGCAGGCAUGGAGCUGGGCAGGAUUGCUUGUGUAACCCUGGCUCAGGUUUGGGUGAUCCUGGUGCACAGCAGUGGUGUGAUUGCUGUGUGUCUGGAGUAGAAAAUGCCAGCUUUAUUGGUUUUGUAGUUGUUCAGUUUUUCGCUGAAAAUUCAUCCCUGAAUCUUUCAGUCGAUGGAUGUGUAAUUAAAAAGAUAUAUUUGAAUAAGACUGAAAUUUUGUAGUCUAAAAAAAUGUUGCAAGAAUACUUCAACAGAACAGCUUCAGUAAUGGUUUUGCUUUUGCUUUCUCAUCCCCUGGGAUAUGAAGCAGUACAUUUAAUAAGACUCUAAACAUCUAAUAAAACAUAAUAUGCUGCUUCCUAACCCAGCAGUUCUAAGCUCAGAGGCUGAUUCUGCUGGUACUCAUUGCUCAGGUGUGGGCAGAGAGGAUCUGUAGAAAUUGGCUCCAGGGUGCCAGGAGGUGCAUGCUAGGACUGGUUAAUCUUUUGACUGUUGGCUUUCUCCUUUGUUUGACACUUCUUCUUUCCCCCCAAAAGAGGCUAGAAAGUAUGAUGGAUGUUUCUCCCUCCAAAGGACAUACUAAACCUAAGCUUCCUAGUCUUACUGUAAUUGUGUCUAAGUUGUCCCCUUUUUACAUGAAACAGGUCAACUGAAACAAUAUUUACUUGAAUAAUUUGUGGAGAAAGAUGUUGUCUCUAAUGCUGUCCACUGUUAGGUUUUGCUCCUAAUGUAGAUAAAGGAUAAUUGUGAUUAUUUAGGACAACAGUUCAGAAGAAAAGACAAAAUUGAGAAAUCUAGAACUUAAUGUUUAAGAGACAGUGGAAGAAAUUAAUCUUAAUAUUGCAUAUUAAAUUUGGGUUAGAAAGAUAAUUAUUAACGCUCACUAAAAGCUUCUUUAUGGGUCUCAAAAGCACUGACUUGGAUUUAAAAGAAGAUUUUUUAAAAAAAUUAUUAUUUAACAGAAAAUACACAAUUUUGGUUAAAUCUUUACGAUUCCUGUACCAAUCUUAUCCUUUUCUAGGAUCUUUUUGAUAGAUCUUUUCUGUAGAUUUCCCAGUUUCUGUGUGUAGUAACUCUUGUUAGCAAUCAAAAGGAUUGAUCAGUCUUGCAUGGAGGGACUCUUUUUAAUGAGUUACUGUCAAGAAGUGGGGUUUUUUUAAUGUUUUUAAAAUCAUACAUUAAUCAAAUGCAGUUUCUGCUGCAAAAGUCAGAGGCUUAAAGCUGUAUUUACAAAUGAGGGGAAAAGAUAUUAGACAAUUAAAUGCAUUUUAGGGGGGCUGCAACUCAUUUUGUUAGACUAUAAAAGUACUUCAUCCUGCACAGAUGAGGGAGUGAUCCUCUAUGCAAGUCAGCUACCACGUUAGCAGAUAUUGGCAGGCUUUAUUACAAGUGCUUUAUCCCUUUGAUUAGACCUUGAUUGCCACUCAGGAACCAGAUACAGCUUGCAGCCAUCUCACUUCAGCUUGUGCAAGCAUGUGAUGAAGGAACAUGAAGACAGAUGUUUAUAGCAUGCCCCCCAUCCUCCGUGUUUGAAAGGCUUACUGAGGUUCAUCAAAGAAAGACUCCCUUACUUUGGGGCAAUUCUGAGCUGUGGUUUGCAAUGGAGCGCCCCUCAGAGAGGAUUUUGAAAGUUUACUUGCCUCUCUGCUAUGUGUUUUCAGGUGCUCUCACAGUUGGCCUUGUGCGACAGUGUCAAACCAUCCAUGGACGUGACAGGACCUGUAUUCCUCCACGGCUGCCUCCCGAGUGGGUCACUACGUUAUUUUUCAUCAUAAUGGGAAUCAUUUCACUAACUGUCACAUGUGGCUUGCUGGUGGCUUCCCACUGGCGAAGAGAAGCUACUAAAUAUGCCCGCUGGAUAGCUUUCACUGGAAUGAUUCUAUUCUGUAUGGCAGCUCUAAUAUUUCCAAUAGGAUUUUACAUCAAUGAAGUUGGAGGUCAACCCUAUAAAUUACCCAAUAACACAGUGGUUGGGUCUUCGUAUGUACUGUUUGUCUUAUCCAUUUUCUUUACAAUAGUGGGACUUCUAUUUGCUGGCAAAGUUUGUUUACCUGGCUGAUGAAUGUCUGGACUGCAGGACUUUAUUUUGGAAAAGAGCAAGACAUCAGAAUUGCAUUCUCAGGAGGAUGCCUAAAUCAGACUAUCAAACACUGACUGAAAAGAGGAAUGCUUUGACUUGUUCUCACUAUGCACUUUGGAUGAAAAAAAGGAGAGCCUUUCCCAUAACCAAAUACAGACCACGUUGACUAAUCUCCUGAGCAUACUUCAAUGCAGUCAGGUCUGCACUGUGAUAGGAACUAGUGAAGAAUGCUUUACACUGACAAGCAAAACGCCCCACGUUACUGGACUGUUCUGUUUUUAAUGUCUAACAAUUUGGAAGUCAAAGUAUUUAUGAACUUUGUGGUGGACCAGAGGGUUGUGGAGGAACUCAAGUGAGGCUGGCCUCGCUGUUUAGGAGAUUAGUUUUACAUCUUCCUUCUGAUGAGCAAAGCCUUUGGCACCAAUGUGGAUCAAUCUUGCAUUACUGCACCAAGAAGCCAAUAGAUCAAAACAUGUUCUCUCAACGUAUGUAACAGCAAAAAGACAUACUUCCCCUGCUCCCCCAUAAGCUCUAGGAAACACUAAGGAACAUUUUAGAGGGGGAUUUCGUCCUUAUAUUUAUAUAAAUAUAUAUAUAUAAAUAUAUAUAUAUUUUGCUGAUGCAGUAUACAGUGUGUGUGUAUGUGUGUGUGUGUGUAUAUACACAUAUGUAUAUAUAUGUAUAUACACACAGAUGAUUCCUGGAAAAGAACUCCGAAUGCUUUGCUAGCAAAACACUGUGGUGUGCAAAACUAGAACUCAAUAGAAAAAAGCCAUUUUUCUGAAGGCCACAUAGCUGAGAGUCUUCAGUUUACCUCAUUCUUUGUAGCAGCCCUUGAUUUUAACAGUUUUUUGUAAUAGGUACAAACGAUCCCAUGCCUUUCUAGGUGCAAUUUUAAGUUAAGCUAAAGUUCUUUUUAUGGUAAUUUAUUUGUAUAUGAGGGUAGAAGGUGAGAUCAUGUCAUACCUUAAAAUCCUAAUUUUGGGAAACUGACACUAUUUAAAUUAUUAGCAACUGUUGUACAGAAAAAUCUCUUUUUUUCUACUUCAUUGUUACAUUAGCAUUCAUACAUGUUCAAGCACAGCAUUUUACCAUAGGUAAGCAUUCCUUUUAGCACAUAUAAAAUGCAAUGUUUAAAGUAAUGCAAACACUAUCCCACUGCAAAGAUGGAUGAACUUAUUUCAGCUGAGUAUUAAUUCAUCUUUGCCAAAAAAAUGAGCAAUAUAAUUGUUAAAAAUGUAUGCCUUGUUUACUAAAGUUGUUAUUUUAGAUGUAGAUUUAAUGGCCACCAAAAUUUGGAGUAAAUAUUCCGCACUAAAAGUAGUUUUAUUUUUCAACAUGUGGAUAAACCAUUGAAUCCACAGACAUCUUAAUUCACUGCAAGGUUGGUGUUCCAGGGAAGCUGCCUGCACUGUCAGUAUUUGUUUUCCUGUUAUUCAUAGUUUGUCUGAGAUUCAUUCAGAAAACAAAAAAAAAAAAAAUCUGUUUUGAGCACUGUUUCACUGAACUUACUAGAGGAACUGCAUUAAUGUAUAGACAGUCAUUUUAGGAUGAGAUUUAUGUUAAAGUAAAAGCAGCAGGUUCCAAAGUAAUCACUUACCAGAUAAGGUGGAGUGUUUAAAAAUAACACAGUUUGCACAAUUAUUUUAAACUCUGUGCCAUUCAGACUAUUGUGGGUCCCUGCCUUUCUCCAUUUCUUCCUUCUCCCCCACCCAAGGUAUUUUAGUACAAAAAUGUAAUUUGUUAAUGUCUAUUUUCUUUUGAAAUUUUUGACCAAACUUGCCACUGGAAUGGUUUCUAAGUAAUUUUUUUUCCAGUCAGCUCAUUCACAAGCAGAAUGGAGUGUUUAUGGAUCACUAAAUUUUUCCAAAGUGUACUAAUCUGUAAAUACAGCCAAGCACUUACUUGGAAGUCAUGGUUUAAUAAUUAUAAUUUGGUUCUUAAUUUAAGCCUUCAUCUGCAUGGGCAGUCUGAGGCUCCUAGUGAUAGUGGUGGAGGUAAAAGGCAGGGUUCAGCUGCUUGAUAUGUUUCAAAAUUCUGGUGUGUCACUACUGUGUCCUAAGAUAAAGUAUUCACUAAAACUUGGAUUAGAAAUUAUCUUUUCAGAAAUGUUACACUUGUAAAUAGUUCAAGAUUUUUGUGACUGGAACACAGCUGGGGGGUGGGGAGAGUUUCUAAGCUGCUAAAAUUUCUUUCCCUUCCCGCCCCUCCAACUUACUUAUUUCAGUUAUUGUAACAUCAUGUGGAUUUAGGCUUUGAUUAAAUGGAUCAUAAUAAUAAUUUUUUUAAAAACAAACAAAAACUUAUCUUGGAGCAUACCCAGACUGUGGCUGGCUGACUGGAAAUUGAUCUGAUCUGCCAGUGCUAUUGCUAUGAAUUAUUAAAUGUUAGCAGAGGUUUAGCAAAUAGAUUUAUUAAAUAUUUGAGCAUUUCAAGUCCAGAAAUAGAUGCGGCCAAAUGCAUUUUAAAAAAACCCAAACCAGUAAUUGAAGAGACAGCUGUCAACAGUUGCUUUUAAUAAGGUCACUAAGUACUAUAUAGUACAGUAUUAAUUUAUAGCAGAAAAUCAUAUCUUGUAAACUGUAUAUAAAACACUGUUUUAUGGUGCAAUCAUUUGUCAAACUUAUGUCUGUUACUUUUGUUUUAAAGUUGUGUGCAUUCUUUUCAUACCUAAGAGCAUCACUGUAAAAUCUGCUGAAGACUAUUUAUAGGUUUUAUUUGCACAAGGUCUUGUUUUGAACUACAGGAAGUUCGUAUUGAACAUGCCUAAACAUCUGUAGACUUUUUCAGUUCAUGAAAAGCAAAUGUUUCCAUAUGAAUCUUCUCCAAAGGUAAUCCCAUAUUUGUGUUGAGUGUUUACAUAAACUUUUCUGAUUCUGCCAGCCAUUAUUUUUUAACUUUUUGAAGGACAGCUCAUUUUAUACAUCACUAGAGAAUUCCAUUCAUUCUUUUGCUUCUAAAUCCUCCCAAAGGUUUGAUACCCUAUCAUAAUGUAAUUUGUGCACACUUUGUCAUUUAUUUGGCUAACAAAAUGUAAGAUUGGAAACUUGAAAACUCUUUCAGAAGGAAAAACUAAAGUCAAUUUGUCUGUAUAAAGCUCACCAUUGAGCUCAGCUGAAAGAAUCGCCUGGAAGCUGUUUGGCCGAGUCCCGGGGAGGGUGUGCUUCCCCGGGCACAGAGCCGCAUGUCCGGCGCCUCGUGCGCUGCUGCUGCCGCUGUCCCGCGGGCAGAGCCACACUCCGAGCCCGGCCCUCCUGCCGUCCCUGCGUUCCCGAGCCGUUGUUUAACCACUCCAGAACACAGCUGUAGGUGCCUGUUCGCCCCGACACACACACAGGAGAAUGGAAGCUGUCCUUUAAAACCUUUGUGAAGGAUGAACAUAAUGAAGGAAAUGGUGUCUGCCUGGGCUCGAGGCCGCGCCCGCCGCCUGCGCCCCCCGGCCUUUACUGAGGGUUGUUUUCUAUUGGUUAGAGCAUUUUUUCAAUUAAUGAUUUCCGAACAAAUGUUAAUACAAACUGUAUAAAAUGAACAUAAUUUUCUUCACUUGUAUUUUUGUUAUUGAGCAAGUUUAUCAAAAUAAAUUGUCUACUAAA